AGUCAAUGUUCUCAGAGACUCGCGUAUUUCCCCACCUCACCAUAAUCUAAACAGACGUUGUCACAGAUCGGAUGAGACUUGGCUACAAGUAUCUCUGGCAGUUCGGUUUGUAUAUUGAUCUAGAUAAAGUAAAGUGCAAAGUGUGUGGACAAAGACACGGGCACACACUCGAACACUAUAUAUCUUUGACUUACUAAAAUUUAGUCAUUUAGAGAUAAAUCUAAACUCACGUUCUAUUAAAUGGCAAACCAUCUUAUUACUAACCUUGCACUGUAUCCAUAUUUCGCUUCCAGUAGAUAAACGACAUAUGAGAUUAAGAAACAAGUAGAGUAUUGUGAAGACUAAUAAUAACAAACAGCAGCUAUAUAGCUGAAGAAUAGCCGGUGCAUGAAAGGAAACAUCGAAGUUGGAGAGACAGAGCCAGGGCUGUCUCCAGCCAGCGGUGGCGCAAAUAGGAUUAAAUAGGGAACAAAAGUCUUUAUAUAACCUCAACAGAGAUUUUUACAUUAACAAUUUCAUCUAUCCCUCACACCUUAUAAUUACAAUGUGAGCUAGUUAUAGAGAAUGCUCUAUUUCAAGAGCUAUAUAUUUACAGUAAAUCAUUAUACAUUAACGGUAGGUCUUAUCACUAAUACAUAAUUGUUUGAGCAAUUGAGAUAUUAGUCAUAGGGGAUCGCCCACUUCCCAGCUCACCCGAAGGAUAUAGUGUCCUAUAAUUGAUUCGAUUCGGUGACUGGGUAAAUAUCCACUUACCUAGUCAGCAAAUGUCCAUUUACCCAGUCUGGCAACUUGUUAAAGGUCUUCCCAUUUGUCCUGAUGACUUUUUCGAGUUGGGAUUUUACAUUCAGGUGUGUUUUGGUAUUUGCGGCUUCGGUGGGUAGGCGGUUCCAAGGACAUAACCCUUUCUGUGGAAAAAACAACAACAGUUGUAGGUUACAUCUUGAGGAAGGGCAGUCCCCAGACGGAAUCCCGUCUUGGCUUAGGACAGGAAGUCAGAAGAGGAGGACAGGAAGUCAAAAGUAUGACGUCUCAAGAGUGACAACCUGAGUCCCGACAAUGGGAAACGAAGAUAAUCCUGACGUCGAACAGUCACCCGACGAUUAGGUUGCUGCCCCCAACAUAACAAAGUAUAUUUUUUGUGCGCAUUUAAAUUAAAUACGAACAAUAUUACUUUAUUUUUCAGGCUAUAUAACAAAUGCAGAAUAUUAGAUGAAUAUUUCUAGAAGUAAUAUAUUUGCACGGGCUAGACUUAUUUGAUUAUAAAACAAUUUGCAGGCAACUCCUCCCCAGCUGCGUCCAGACCACAUUAAGAUACUCUCAUUAACUCAGUCUCACACACAGUGCCAGGCUGGGAGGGAUGCUUCCAAAAUCUGUGAAUCCCGAUACUCGUUGUUAACUAUUGUCGUACGAAACUAACCACAUCUUGGCCAGUUAACUUGAAUACAGACACCACCGGGAGGCAGUAAUUCUUAACUAGCAACAGCAGUGAAGACGACUCUUCUGGAAGUGUACAGUGGAGGGUCCAAUUGUUUGACGAACUACUGUACCUAUUUUGGAGAAUAUUCUGUUAACUACACAAAGCAAAUGAAUAUAUUUCAGGUCUUGUUUUCUGCGGUGGUUUUACUCCAUCAACUAGUGUCCUGAUCUCGUCACGCUGACUGGUCUCCUGAGCCUGUUAUCCAUGGUAUUUUAGUCUUGACUACAUUGUCCUGGUCAAGUCAGCUAUGGCACUUCAGAUCACAGCAUUCUGAGACCAUCAUCUGCAGUAUCCUGGUCAUAUCUGCGUUGCACAGGCUGUAUGUAGUGCUGUGAUCAGUAGUGACUAUAUUCAGAAGGUUGGACUUAUUCUUUCUUAUAAAGUGUAUACAUGGGUGGCUUCACAAGCAAUCUUUUCUCAUAAUUUGCCAGGCAUCAAAUUUUAAGUAGUUUUGCAUACUAACUUUGGCAACCCACCUAACUUAUCAAACCCAGUGUUCGGUAGUAUGAGAAACAUCAAUAGAGUAUUGUGGUGCUUUAGAUUUCACUAAAAUCUCUGAUUUUGAUGGUUGGUUGAUAGUGUCAAAAUUGGUUGGAAUGAACUAAGAGUGAGGACAGGUUGUUAUAGGAUACUGACAAACAAAAAUAGACAAAAGUUUGUUAUUCUUAAAUUACUGUAUUAUGCUGUAUCAUUUGAUUUUAUUGUAGUGACGUGAAUAAUUCAUAUGAUGCAACAGUCUGCACACACUUGCGUUAAGUGCAGAGUCAACCAUGACCUAAAUUUAUAUAUCUGGUAUGGUGAUGUUGGUAAAAUAUUUGGUUUAUGAUGGUUCCUGCAGUUCCCUCCAUUACCCAGUUACCUGGAAAUUACACCAAACAUGACCUCUGCUUUGGAAAGUACUUUAAGGCAGUUAAUAAAUUUGGGAAGAUGAUUCUUCUAUCAAUCUUCACAUUAAUUUAUGAAACUCUUGAUACAGACAAUGGAACUAUGUCAGUGAAAGAUUACUGCAUCCUGAAACUUAAAUGGUCUCAACAUGAUCUCAAUAAACAAUUUUCAACGUCUGAGAAGGUUAUCUUGUCUAAUGCCCCAAGUGACAGUAAUUUUGUAUGUGAUAUUACCCUUAUUUUCAAAAUUAUCACCAAGGUUCUGGGUAAUCUAGUAGAGCCUAUGAAAAAAGAAAUAAGAGAUUUAAAGAAUCUUCGAAAUACGGUUUGUCAUGAGGAUCUUGAGAUGGACGAGGCACAUUUGAGAUGUCGAGUGGACGCCCUCAAGUGUUUGUGCCGAGCCAUUCUCGAGGCCGCUGGGGGUCUAAUUGAAAAAGAUCUCACAUACUUGAUAACAGAGGUAGAGAGUGGCUUGGAAAAUCUGGUGGAUGCUAAACUGGAGAUUUAUGACAUACAAUCCUACAUACAGGAUUUAGAAUUAUUUAGACAGGAAAAACAUUCAAAAAUGAUAACUGAAGGAAGGAAAGAAUUGAUGGCAAUUUACUCAAAAGUCAAGGUACUUAACCCCUGUUCAUGGCUAAGUGAUAACAACUUUGCUGACUUCACUGUUAAAAAUAUUUUUACCACAUUGAAAAUAGUAGAAAAUGGAACAAACGUUUUAAUGACUGACAUUCUCAAUGUAACAUUACUGAAGACAAGAUUUGUCCCUCGGGUGGUGAUAAUCAAGGGUGUUAUGGGUGCAGGCAAGACCUCACUUUACCGCUAUCUGUUGAAUGAGUGGUGUGAGCGGUCUCCUGUUGUCACAGGCCUAUUGGCUAUAGACAUUGUUAUUGGUAUAGAGAUGAGAGCAGUAAGUUGCAGAUCACUUGUACAGUUCCUCAGAGAACAACUUCUCAAGAAUACGUCACGAAUGUUUAACGAGUCUGACAUUAUUCCUGUCUUACAAGAAAUGAAUGUACUUUUUGCCAUUGAUGGCAUGGAUGAAGCAACCAGUCAGGGAAAAACCAUAGUGAGAGAAAUUGUGAACAAAUUUACAGACAGCCACAUCAUUAUAACAACUAGGCCAGAGUUCACAUUGGAACUAAUGCAAAUGGCAGAAGAUCACAUUGUCUUGCAGAUUGAAGGUUUCGAUGAUGACAGCCAAAACAAAUUUGUGGAGAAAGUCUUUGCUGUUAAGUACACAGAUACAGAGCGUAGAGAAAAGGAAACAAAAGAGUUCUUGUCGUACAAGUUAAGUGCAUGCGAGUCACUCAACUUUCACCUAACAUUACCACUCACAUUGGCACUCUUGCUUGUCUUGUGGUGUGACGACUCUCAAAAGGUGACCAUUGUCAGCACUAUUACACGCCUCUACCAAAAUAUUUAUGACAUGUCUCAAAAGAAACUAGUGUCACGAUUGGAAAGUCUUGGAGAAGGGCAUGUUGUAUCCCUUCACCGCAAGGUGCGGCGAUGGCUGCUUGAGUUGGGUCAAAUUGCUUGGUGCAUGCUGCGUGAAGAGAUUCUUCACUUAAGUCAAGAACGUGCUAAUCUUCUCAUGGACCUAUGUGACAAAGAAGCCAUUAACCCUAUACAAACUAUGUCAACGUUCUUAAAAUGUGAUAUACAGGAAAGCUUGACUGGUACAGCCUAUUAUUUUUCUUUUCAUCACAAAUAUGGGGAAGAGUUUUUAGCAGCAAUGUAUAUUAGUGAACAAGCAUUCAGUUCUGGGUCUCUCUCCUCUAUUUUUGAGGAUAUUGACUCUUCAAGAUUCCAGGAACUGAUAAUGUAUGUCACUGGUCUCUUGACAAUUAAUGGUAGAAUGACUUCCUCUUUAGCCAGUGAGAUAAAAAGCAUCUUAAGCUGCAGCAUGAGAGUUUGUGUCAAUGAUCCCAUUUUAUGGUGGAGACUGCUGGAGGAGGCAGAAAAAGAUCCUAAAGUGUGUCAAAUUGUUGGUUCAGUCAUUAACCAAGCAAAGUUGUGGGUUAUAAAUUCAUGGGAUCCUCAGGAAAUGACAGAAGCUAAACUUAAUUUAUUACAGGAAACAGGUGCUGCUCCCAGCGAGAUCGUCAUCCAUGUACAGUACACAACCAGUUUUGGACAGUGCUUACAAAUACAGAAUAUUCUUAAAUUAAUAGGAGAGAUUGGAAAGAGCAAAGUUAAGCUAUACCUUGAUCGUCAAUUCCAUACUGCAGGUGAUCAUGAAGAUGCUAAUACUCAUGUUGUGUUGCUGCUCAAGCUUAAUAAGCUACUUGAAUUUAAGGGUCAUGCAAGUGAACUCUUCACAUCACAGCUUGCUAAAGCUACUUCAAUUCAGUCACUAUUCAUUAGAAUUUCUUCCCUUGAAGCCUUGUACAAAUUUCAUACCAGCACCAGGAAACACAGGCACUGGAAAAGAAAGUUAUGGCCUUCCAGAAUAUGGACACUUAAAUAUAUAGAGCUUUUCCUAGAUAUCAGCACUGAUACUAAAGCUUCUAAUAUACCUAAGCUACACUAUAACCAGCACCUGGUUGUCAAACUGGCUGGCAUUACAGAUUCAAGUGCUGUUUGGGCUGGAGAGGUACUGAAGAGACUUCACAAGCGAUACAAUGCAGUUAUCCUUCAGGACUCUGAUCUGAGCCUUUGUGGCAUGAAGCGCUUUUUGGAUGCUGCUGACGAUGUCACUAUAAAAACUAUCCGUGUCAUGUCCAACUUUCCUGCCACACAGAAGGAGAUCAAUGUCCUUUCCUCUAAGUAUGAUGUUAAAAUUGGAUGGGGAGGCACUUAGCUGCAAACGUGCCUGACAGUUCACAUACUGUAUGUAAACUUACUAAAAUAUGGCAUCCAUUAUUGUUCAAGCCACUUUCUGAGAUUGAACUUUCGUUCAACCGAACUAACUGACCUAUUUGCAGUCAAAUGGGCACCCUUUGGUGCAGUGGUUAACACACACUGCUUACAGGCGCGACAACUUGGGCUCAUAUACUAAACAGGGCGAUGAGAGUUAACACUGUUCUUUGCUCUGUUCACCCCUGCACACUUAAGUAAUUUGAGAAUCUGAUUGUAAAAUGGUUGAUGGAAUGUGUUCAAGGACAAACCUAUGGUGCCAAUAACAUACCAAGGUGAAUUAGGUACUUUGCAACAUUUGACACUCCCACCGAUACAAGGUGUUCCCAAUUAGUAUUCAGAGGUGCCAGCAGACAUGUGUAUCUUGAAAAGUGACAUGUUUUUUGGAAAUUUUCCUAUACUUAAGGCAUGGUUUUGAACAAUAUAGGAAGAUGAUAAUCUUCUUUUGAACAAUAUAAUAAGAUGAUAAUCCUAUUUUGAAUAUUAUUUUUGUGUGUGUGCAUACAGAUACUGUAAUGCUUUAUGUAACACUUGCCAGAAACCCUUGGUUAAUAACAAAAUUGGUUUCAAUACCUGGACUAAGGCCUAAAUCCCUACAUUAAAACUAAAAGUUUUUUAGUGCUGGGUUAUUAUAGCAAUGAGUUAGCCAUAUAAAAUAUGGGAUGUCAUCUUUGUAAUUUUGUGUUAAAAUAUUGGCUAUCAAAAAGAGUCACAUUUUCUAGUACCAAUCGUGUGUCCCAAACUCGUACAAAGAAAAUUUGCUUUUAUAAGACAUUUUCCAAUUAAUUUAGCUCAUUUGAAUUUUAGAUUAUUUCAGCUGAACCUUUCUUACAAAAUAUUAUUUUAUUGUAGGUCUAAAUUAGGUUCACAAAAAUAUGCUCUAUAUUACAUAAUUGUGAUACAUUCCAAUGAAAUGUUUGUAAAUACUGUGCAAUAGUCUGUAUACUGGGAGCGUAUGACUGAUAAAAGAGAAACUAGUGCAAGUCAGGUUAAGAAAGUGUGAAGGAAAGUGGAAGGUUCAGUGAGGUGGCUUUUAGUGAUUAGUGAAGUGGUAUAUAAUAUAAGGAUUAGUGAUAUAUAACAUAAGGAGUGAUAAUGAUAUAGAAACACUAGUCUGUGACUUGUAAGACUGAGAAAGGUAUGAUAAUACAAUAACUGUUUGGCACAGUUGAUUGGUGAUUAGGAUAAGGGUCAAAGACCACCAACAAAAGGGCAGAAUUGGGUAAAUGAGAGAAAGGGCAUAGCAUGUUUGUGAUUAUGAGGAGUAGCAAUGAAAAGGACAAAGUGGAAGUACUCUAUUUGAAGGCAAAUAAUACAGUACAAAUUUUGCCCUUUUUUCUUUUAAUUAAGAUACUUAUGACAUGCACAGCAAAUUAAAUAUUGUACUGCUGAAAAUAUUUAUUAGUGUGGUAGUAUUGACUCUUCUGGUGCUUCCAAGUGUCACUGAAUUUUCACGACCCUGUUAUCCUAUAAUAUUGUACAGUGCUAACCUUCCAGGUGAAGUGUUAAAACAUGCCAUUAACAAAAAUGAGUUUGAUACUAUCUUUAAAUUUUAACAAGUCUAUGCAUGCACUUUGAUUUAUAGUGAAGUAUUGUAUAUACAAAACCACAUGACAAAAUAAUAUUUUGAAUACCGAAUUCAAUAAAUAUAAUUUUAUAAUGCUCA